GGGGGCUGGGGGCCUCCACUGCGGGGCCGCUGCGGAGAGACGGCACCGGCGGGGCGGGGAGGGAACAACCACCGCGGCGGGGGGAGCGGCGAGGCCCGAGCGCAGCCCGCUGGGGGCGUGGCAUAGCCCGCACGCUCCGCUAGGGGGCGUGGCCUGCGGGCGGCGGGGCGGGGCCCGGGGGCUGGUGCGAAGGCCCCACGUGCCCGCCCGGUGCCGGUGCCGGUACCGGUGCCAUGAAAUGUGUGAUCGCCGGCGGCAACGUCAAAGUCCUCGGCCGGGCCGUGCACUCCCUGUCCCGCAUCGGCGACGAGCUCUACCUGGAGCCCACCGAGAGUGGGCUGUCCCUCCGUGCUGUCAACUCCUCCCGUUCUGCCUUCGCCGCCUUCCUCUUCGCACCGCUCUUCUUCCAGCUGUACGAGCCGGGCAGCGCCGGGCCCGACACCGAGCUCUUCCGAUGCAAAGUGCACAUGAAGUCCUUCUUGGGCGUCUUCCGCUCGCUGCCCUCGCUGGAGAAGUCGGUGGGGAAAUGCCUCAUCCUGCUCAAGCCUCGUGCCAGCCGCCUGGUCCUGCAGCUCCACUGCAAGCACGGUGUCACCAAGACACACAACCUGGCCUUCCAGGAGUGCGAGCGGCUGCAGGCCGUGUUCGACACGCAGCGCUGCGCCAGCCGCCUCUGCGCCCCGGCACGGCUGCUGGCAGAGGCCGUGGUGCACUUUCCCCCGACGCUGGCUGAGGUGACACUGGGGACUGGCACCGGUGGCAGAAUCAGCCUGCGGAACUACGUGGAGGACGACGCAGAGCCGAGCAAGACGAUGGUGACGGAGCUGUGGCUGGCUGAGGACGAGUUCCAGUCGGUGGCCGUGGCCCCGGGCUCCCACAUCACCUUCUGCCUCAAGGAAUUCCGUGGCCUGCUGAGCUUUGCCGAGGCCUCCAACCUGCCCCUCACCAUCCACUUUGACAAGCCCGGCAGGCCGGUGAUCUUCACCCUGGAUGACACCGUCCUGGAGGUUCACCUGGUGCUGGCCACCCUCUCUGACCUAGACAGCAGCUCCCAGGGCCCUUCCACCAACGGUGUGUCCCACCUGCCUGCCCCGCCAGAUGACUUUGGUGACGACCUGGAGUCCUACAUGGCAGCCAUGGAAACCAGUGAGGGGUGCUCAGAGGGACCCCCCAGCCCCACCUUCCCCCUGCGCACCCCCCAGCCAGCCAAGAGCAAACCCCAGGAGGAGGAGGAGGAGGAGGAGGAGGAGGGAGCUGUGCCAGGGACCCCCCCGCACAAGAAGUUUCGCUCCCUGUUUUUUGGCUCGGUGAUGACACCAGGAAGGCCUGGUCCGGCCACCACCCAGGAGGUGCUGGCGGAGGACAGCGAUGGAGAAAGCUGAGCCCCCGAGUCACUGCCACCCCCAGCCUCCAUCCAACCACCAGCACAGGCACCCCCCAGUGACCCAUUACAAGUUUAUUCCUCAAAAAAUCCUCCUGCCCCCCCCUCCGCUGCCACCCCAGGGCUGGGCUCUGGGCUCCCCCCUCGCCCCAGCACUCCCUGCCCUGGGCCUGGAUUUGCUUUGGUGGAGCGUGGCGGGGGGGGGGCAGGAUCCUACAAAUAAAAAAACGAGUCGAAAGAAAA